UGUAAAUAACAAAGGUUCCAAAAUAAAAAUCAGCAUCGAAUGGUUUGUAUUUGCUGCUGUCCGUAGGAAAAGUGCCUCUAGCUUCCUGCCGUCCGUGGGUGGCAUUUAAUAAACGGGUUACCGGAAGACAAAUAAAAUGCCUUACGCACGCAAAAAAAUGCACAGUGGCGACACGCACCUGCGACGCCGGUGGAGACUGCGAAACCGCAAAAAGGAUCUGGACGAGAUCGAUGCCGAUUUGAAGACCAAUCCGGAGCAGCUGCUGAAGCAGGAGGUCGACUUGGAUAAGCCAGGUUUUGCGCAGUUCUACUGUAUCCACUGUGCGACGUACUACAUCAACGAUCAGGCGCUGCAGGCACACUUCCGCACCAAGGUGCACAAACGCCGCCUGAAGGCACUGGAAGUGGAACCGUACACCGUCGAGGAUUCGCUGAGAGCGGGCGGCCAGGGCAGUUUCGUGCAGCCGCAAAAGCGUAAAAUGGAAACCCAACCGUCGGUCGCCGAUGUGGACCAAGGCAAGCGGAUCAAGGUGGACACGCUGAUGGAGGAAGAAAAGCCCGCCAAACGGAACCUGUCCAAGGUGACAAAGUACACCGACUUCAAACAAGUGUUGGAAGGCCUGAAAUAGAGCUCUUU